AUGCCGAAUCACAGUAGCAAUAGUACUGAUGAUGACGGCGAAGACGAAGAUUAUGUUCCAACUCAACCUACUUCUGCUGCGUCCAUAACCGUAUUAUCAACGAAACAAAAAGAUACUAUACCAAAAACACCACUAGUAAUCAAAUAUCAUGAAUUGAUUUCGUCACAACGAGGUACUGAGAAAGUCGAGUAUCCUCAAAGAUUAUUAGCUCAUUUUUUAAUUCGAAUACAUAAUACAAAAGUUUCUUAUCCUGAUGCUGAUGGUUUAUCAAAACAUUUUAUAAAUUGUACACCAACAACAUUUACUGAUAGAUUAAUUAAUCGAAAAAUGCUUGAUAUUAAACGACAUGAAAAAUAUUUAUGGUUUGAAAUGACUGAUCGAAAACCUUUAAUACCUAUAUUUCAUUUUGGAAGGUCAGGAGGUUUUCGUAUAAAAUCAGCACCUGAUGUUACUUAUUUAAAAGAAUUGAAACAUGUAAAAAUGAAAGCAAAAAAUGAAAUUGUUGGACAAUGUGAAUCAUAUGUUUAUGGUAAUUUGAAUUAA